AUGGAUCAAUUUAAAAGAAUCAAGAAAAUAGGCAAAGGCAAUUAUGGAGAUGUAUUGUUAGUGCAAAGAAAAUCAGAUGAUAAGGUACUCUUAUUAUUUAUCAUUUCAGUUAUUUGCUAUAAAAAGAGUAGAUUUAAGUUUUAGAGAAAGCUAUGUUGUUGAUCCACUUAAUGAAGUUAAAUUGUUACGUAGUCUAGAUCAUCCUAACAUUAUUUCGCAUUAUGAUUCCUUUACUCAUAAUAAUAAAUUAUGUAUUGUAAUGGAAUAUGCUGAAAAUGGUAUCAAAUUCUUAUAACAUUCUUCUAGCCGAUCUUAGUAUGAUGACCAAUUAAGCUAAACAAACAUAAACAUAUAUAGAUGAAAAUACAGUUUAGUAUUUGAUUUAUGCAAUAUUAUAGAUUCUUGGCUGGUUUUCCUAGAUCUCCAUUGCUAUCUAAUACCUUCAUUAAUUGAAGAUAAUACAUAGAGAUAUCAAAUUAUAAAACAUCUUCCUCUGUACCAAUGGAAUUGUAACAUUUCUUAUUUAAUUUAAAGGUCAAAUUGGGAGAUUUUGGAAUAUCUAGAACUUUAGACAAUACCUUAGAUCUAGCUUAAACAUCAAUUGGUAUUAUAUUAUUUUUAUAUCAUAGGAACUCCAUUCUAUCUCUCUCCUGAAAUCUGUUAAAAUCAAUAAUAUAAUCAUAAAAUAGAUAUCUGGAUGCUUGGAUGUACUCUAUAUGAAUUAUGUACUCUCCAAAAACCAUUUAAAGGAGAAUCUAUUAGUGAAAUAGCUUUUAAGAUUAUUAAUGAACCUCAUCCUAAGAUUCAAAGAAAUUAUUCAGAUUUCAUUUCAUAAUUAAUAGAUGAAAUGUUAGAAAAGAAUCCAGAAAAAAGACCUGAUAUCUCGACUAUUAUCUAAUAUCCAUAAAUUUAAUCAGAAUUAUAUAAGCUAUAAGGACUUUAUAAGACUUAAUUUAAUUACAUAUUGCCUGUUUCACCUAUGUAAUCCAAUAAAUCUUCAUAAAAGAAAAUGCAUAAAAAUUCUAUUCAUUUUCUUGUUGAAUAAUCUAAAUAAUUACAAUAAUAACAAUAAUAAUAAUAAUAAUAAUCACCAUAAGUUUGUAAGUAGAAAAGAAGAAAAGUUUCUUUGCAAUAAUUAAUUUAAGAUACUUCAAAUUAGAAUUCUCCAACAUUUAAAUAAUUAGCUACUGCUGACAAUGCUAAUAAAAAUAAGCCAUUAUCAUUUAAUUUACAUACUCUUCCUGAUGUCAUCAAUGAAUCUAUCUAAUAAAAUUCAGCUGUUAUGGCUUAAAGAUAAUUAAGAUAUUAGAAAUCUAUCUCCAUCAAUACUCAAAUUGAUGAUGCUACUAAAAGAGGCACAAAUGAAUAUGAAAAUGAAAAUUAACCAACAUUACUUAAGAAUCCUAAAACCUUUUCAUUUGCAGGCUAGUUCUUAAAUCCUAAUGCUCCUACUUCUCCUUAGAGAUCCAUUUUAUUAACAGAUUUCCUUAAAAGAAAGAUAGGAGAAGAGAAAUUCCAAUAAAUGAAGACUCUUUUAGAAUCAUCUAAUAAUCCUAUAAAGAUGUUAGAUUAAGAGAAAGAAUUGGUUAGUGAAAUAUUAGGAGAAGAAAACAUGGAAUGCAUUAAAGUAUUAGAUAUUUCUUAUUUUAGAUAUUUAAAGUUUUGAUCAGUAGUUCAAUUACUCCGUAAGCUUAACAUACAAGAACUAAAAGUAGUCAAUCAUUUUAACAAUAUAAUCAUAAUGAUUAGUCUUUAAUUGAUUUAAUAAAGGAAUCUGAUUUAAUGCAAAAUGCAGAACACUCUUAGAAUUCAGUCUUUGAGAUUUCAUUUAAAAAUUUAUAGAAUUGCCAUGAUGCUUUUAAACAAUCGUGA